UGCCCAACAUGUUCAGAUAAUGCAAUGGAAAUUUUCCAAAUAAUCCCAAGUAUAAAAGGAUAUCCUGGAAACUUAAGACAUCCAGUCAUUAAGUCUGCUGCUUUUAUUACGUAUCCUGAACUUAUACUACGUAUAUAUAUAAUUACACACUGAGAGAGACAACAUAGACAGAGUAGACUAAAUAUACAGGAAAAAUUGGUUUAUGUUAGUCUAUAGGCCAACAUGUUUUGAAGCUGAACAUGCAUUCAUUAUUUCCAGGUUAGUUUAUCUAGGAGUCACUGCCGUGUGGAAACUUCAUGAUGUCACAGCAUGCAAAUGCAAGGCUGUGGAUCUCAAUAGUAAAGCCUUUGAGCUGAACCAAAGAGCACACUAGGAUUCUGACUUGCCCUGGACCUGGUGUUUCAAACUUAAAUACAUGAGCACAUAAAUGUGAAAGACUGUAUGAAAGUGAGUUCUCAAUUUUUAUGAGAUUAGAUUACAGAGCUACCAUCAGAUUAGUUUCAAUGAGAAUUUAAUUUAUUUUUGCUUAACUUAAAGUACAGUGGUUAAUGAUACAGCUUUAGUUUUAAUAGAAUAUUUUCAGUUUACUAAUUUUUUACUUUCAGUUUUUUGUGAUGUGAGCUUAAUAUUUUCACCGUAUUAACUCAUCAUUCUCCACCUGGAUCCAAUUUUUGUACUGCACUUUUUUAUUUGUUAUGGGGAUUGUAUUUGGUAACCUUGCUCCAUGAAAGGACUGGAGUAUACUUCAAGAACUAUGAGCACGUCAAUGGAUAUGCCUGACGAAGACGAAUCAGGAAGCUCCAGCAAAGCAGAAAAUCUAGAGAGUAUGAGAAAACAGUUGAAAGCAGAGGGAGAGAAAAGAGAUGAAUUUGAGCAUAACCACAUGAAGGAAGCUCUGUUGGCUAGCCGAAGGUCAAAGCCCAAACUUGCGUCUGCUCAGGCUGUGCUCUCAUCCAGACUAGAACUAGAGACUAUUCAAAAGGAACCGUUUGUGACCGCAUCAAAAAAUCCAGAGGACUGGGAAUCUAACAGUGUGCUGAACUGCUCUGAAACCAACAAUGGAGAAAAAGAGAAAGACAGGAAAAAUGAAAAUACAAAAUACAUUGCUGAUGAAAGGGGUUUAUUUUCUGGUGAAGUGUCCAGAAACAAUAUGUGGAGACCUGGACAGAGGGAAAGAUGGAGAGGGAAGAGGAGAGAGAGGCUGGAAGGUAGAGCCGAGAACAUAGAGGAGGAGGACAACACUACUGAGAAAGAAAUGAACCGAGGAAUUAAAUUGAGACACAGACAAAGGCAGUGGAGAUCUAAGGAGGCACAAGAUGAAGAGUCAGAAAAGGAUGUGACAGGGCUGAGAGGGGCAGUGCAAGGAAAUAUCGAUGGGGAUACAGAGAUGAGAGGAACAGUCCCCCACCACAUAUUCUCAAAGGUUUUUGCCAACUCUUUUGCCUCAUCCUCCUCCUCAUCAUCAUCAUCCUUCAACUAUUCCUCAGCGGAAAGUGAUGAGGUCUUCAGUGAGGGAGAGGAGAUGGCCAAGAGGAAAGAUGUGAGAAGGUGCCGAUCCUGGAGGACAUUCCUGACCAUGAUGCAGUGGUCAAAGCGCAGACAGAGUUCCUGGGUACAGCUGGCUGGACACCAAGGUAACCUCCAGCUGGGUGAAGGUGGGGAGGUGCUGAAGAGAUUCAAUGAGGUGGAGGAUACCUGCCUGCAGGCACUCAUGUCUGAUCCACUCCAUCAGUUUGUGCCUCGCUAUUAUGGGCACAUCAGCAGGAACGGAGAGAACUACAUCCGUCUUGAGGACCUGCUGAGUGGCCUCAAGCAGCCUGUCAUUAUGGACUGCAAAAUGGGCAUCCGCACCUACCAAGAGGAGGAGAUUGUGAAAGCAAGAACCAAAGCUAGCAUCCGAACUGAUAUGUACCAGAAGAUGGUGAAAGUAGAUCCUACAGCUCCUACAGAAGAAGAACAUGCACAGAGGGGCGUGACAAAGCUGCGCUACAUGCAGUGGAGAGAUAGCACAAGUAGUACCUCAACGCUAGGAUUCCGCAUAGAAGGCAUAAUGACAGAGAAUGGGAUUGUACGACGGGAUUUUAAUAAAAUUCAGAGCAAAGCACAAGUUACAGAGACCCUGCUAUUAUUUACCAAGGGGCAGGUUCACAUUCUAGAAGCCUAUCUGUCCAGACUGGAUGCGCUGAAAGAGACAUUAAAGGAGUCUGCCUUUUUCAGAAGCCAUGAGGUAAUAGGCGGCUCUCUCCUUUUCGUCCACGAUCGUCCCACCAACAAAGCCAACAUAUGGAUGAUUGAUUUUGGGAAGACCACUCCAGUGCCCAGUGAUGUGCAUCUAAAGCAUGAUAUUCCAUGGGUUGAGGGAAACCGGGAAGAUGGCUACCUGUUUGGACUGGCAUCCCUCAUCUCUUUGCUGCAUGUUACUGUCAAGGAAGUUAGGGGACAAGACAUGGAGACCCACCACUCACAGACAGAGCAAACAGUGUCAGAACUUAAUCAACACUAGCCUGGGAUAAAUGAGACAACAACAGACUUUUUAAAGGAAACUACAGCCACCAACCACAAGGACUGAUGCUGGAUACUGCAGAUAUUCUGUAUAUACAUAGAUACAAUACGUUGCAUAUUCUUUGCUGUAUAUAGGCUGUAUAUAGGACAUGGCCAAUCAAAAUUUUAACACCUGGAGUGACUAUUACAGUUUAAUCUGUUAUUGUCACAGACCAAACACUGUGAUACAGAAUAUCAGUUAACCUAAAUCUUCAUGGAACUGGUUGCUCUCAGAUCCUAACAGGACUGUAAAUAAAUACCGCUGUCA